CGUCCCUCCCCUCUCUCCCCCCGCCGCCUCCUCCUGCCGCUGCCGCUGCUUUGGCUGCUGCGUCAUACGCCCCAGAGCUGCCGGGACCAAGGGGCUGGGCCUGGGGACCCCCCGGCCUCCACCUGCACGCCCCCUGACGCCAGGACUUGCCCUCCCCGCGCGGGGGGCUAGCCCAGGUCUUCUGCGUCGGCCCCUGCCCAGCUCCCGGCGGCCCCAGCUGUCACUGGUCACCCCAGGAUGCAAUGGCGCAGCCCCCCCGGCUGAGCCGCUCUGGUGCCCCCUCUCUCUGGGACCCAGCUUCCCCUGCUCCCACCUCAGGCCCCAGGCCUCGACUUUGGGAGGGUCAAGAUGUGCUGGCUAGAUGGACUGAUGGGCUGCUAUACUUGGGCACUAUCAAGAAGGUGGACAGUGCUCGAGAGGUGUGUCUGGUCCAGUUUGAGGAUGAUUCCCAGUUUCUGGUUCUUUGGAAAGACAUUAGCCCUGCUGCUCUCCCUGGGGAGGAACUCCUCUGUUGUGUCUGCCGCUCUGAGACUGUGGUCCCUGGGAACCGGCUGGUCAGCUGUGAGAAGUGUCGCCACGCUUAUCACCAGGACUGCCACAUUCCCAGGGCCCCAGCCCCUGGAGAAGGAGAGGGCGCUUCCUGGGUCUGCCGCCAGUGUGUCUUUGCAAUUGCCACCAAGCGGGGGGGUGCACUGAAGAAGGGUCCCUAUGCCCGGGCCAUGCUGGGUAUGAAGCUGUCUCUGCCAUAUGGACUAAAGGGGCUGGACUGGGACGCUGGACAUCUGAGCAACCGACAGCAAAGCUACUGUUACUGUGGUGGCCCUGGGGAGUGGAAUCUGAAAAUGCUGCAGUGCCGGAGCUGCCUACAGUGGUUCCAUGAGGCCUGCACCCAGUGUCUGAGCAAACCCCUCCUCUAUGGGGACAGGUUCUAUGAGUUUGAAUGCUGUGUGUGCAGGGGGGGCCCUGAGAAGGUCCGGAGGCUACAGCUUCGCUGGGUGGAUGUGGCCCAUCUUGUUCUCUAUCACCUCAGUGUUUGCUGUAAGAAGAAAUACUUUGAUUUUGACCGUGAGAUCCUCCCUUUCACCUCUGAGAACUGGGACAGUCUGCUCCUGGGGGAGCUUUCAGAUACCCCCAAAGGAGAACGUUCUUCCAAGCUUCUCUCUGCUCUUAACAGCCACAAGGACCGUUUCAUUUCAGGAAGGGAGAUUAAGAAGAGGAAAUGUUUGUUUGGUCUCCAUGCUCGGACUCCUCCUCCUGUGGAGCCCCCUGCUGGAGAUGGAGCCCCCACCAGCUUCCCUUCAGGGCAGGGCCCUGGGGGAGGGGUCUCACGUCCCCUGGGGAAGCGCCGGAGGCCGGAGCCAGAGCCCCUGAGGAGGAGGCAGAAGGGAAAAGUGGAGGAGCUGGGGCCACCCUCAACAGUGCACAAUCAGCCCGAGUCCCAGGAGCAGAGGGAGCGGGCUCGUCUGCAGAGGGCACUGCAGGCCUCAGUGUCUCCACCACCCCCCAGCCCUAACCAGAGUUACCAGGGCAGCAGCGGCUACAACUUCCGGCCCACCGAUGCCCGCUGCUUGCCCAGCAGCCCCAUCCGGAUGUUCGCUUCCUUUCACCCUUCUGCCAGCACCGCAGGGACCUCUGGGGACAGUGAACCCCCAGACAGGUCACCCCUGGAACUUCAUAUUGGCUUCCCCACAGACAUCCCUAAAAGUGCUCCCCACUCAAUGACUGCCUCAUCUUCCUCAGUCUCAUCCCCCUCCCCAGGUCUUCCUAGACGCUCAGCACCCCCUUCUCCCCUGUGCCGUAGUUUGUCUCCUGGGACUGGGGGAGGAGUCCGAGGUGGGGUUGGCUACCUGUCUCGAGGGGACCCUGUCCGGGUCCUUGCUCGGAGAGUACGGCCUGAUGGCUCUGUGCAGUACCUGGUUGAGUGGGGAGGGGGGGGCAUCUUCUGAACAGACUGCCUCUGCCCAUCUCCCCAUUCACACACACGGCACUUUCGUACCCUGACCUCUGACCUCACCUACAGCUGGGAUGUACCUGGAGAGAUAGGGGGUAGUUCUCCCUAUUGGCCAGGCUGGAAUCCAGGAGAUGGGUGGGGAAGAGGCUCUCUCUUCUCUACCCCCUUCAAGAUUCCUGACCCCUCAUCCUCUUCCCAUUUCCUUUGAUGUUAUUUUGUUACAGCUUUUUAAAUAUUUUUUAAAAUUAUUUAACCCCUGGGUGCAGAGACUGAAGAGGGAGGGAUAAGGGAUUCCGGACUCUGUAUGAUUGAAAUAAAGAGAAAUAAACAAA